UUCUGUAAAGUUAAAAAAUACUGAACUUAUUGUACAGUUAACUGUUAACUGUGGUUUAGGUCAUUCUCUAUCACAAUUUUCUCCUGCUUUUUACAUCCAGUUACAUUCCUUUCUCAACUCACCCCGUUGAAAGUUUGUCGCCGUUGAAGGCUCGUCGCCGUCAAAGGUUCGCCGCCGUCAAAGGUUCGCCGCCGUCGAAGGCUCACCGUUAUUCCGCACUCUGCCAUCGCCGAACUAUCGAAAGCUCUAUCACCAUCGUCGAAGGUUCGUGGCCGUUGAAGGCUCACCGCUAUCGAAGGUUUUUCCGCUCUCUGUCGUCACCGAACUGUCGAAGGCUUUACCACUGAGAACACUUCUUCUUUAGCUAGAAAGAGAAGCAAAGGAUAUCACUCUAAGGAAAAGCGGAUAUGCAAAUGUGUUCAUUAAGAAUCUUGAUGCAUCAGUAGAUAACAAGGCAUUGUAUGACACUUUUGCUGCCUUUGGAACUGUGCUAUCUAGUAAGGUAGCGGUUGAUGAGAAUGGUCAAUCAAAAGGGUAUGGAUUUGUGCACUUUGACAAUGACGAGUCUGCUCAGAAUAUCAAAAAAUUGAACGGCAUGUUAAUAAAUGAUAAGAAGGUCUAUGUUGGGCUUUUUGUUCAGCGUCAGGAAAGGGCUCCAGGGAAUGGAUCACCAAAACCAAUGUGUAUGUGAAAAUCUUUUCUGAAACAUAGACUGAUGAAGACCUCAGGCAACAGGCUAUGGUUUUCAACCUCAUGUCUUGCCACAAAGCAUGCGUGGGGUUGCUCCAAAUUUCAUUAUGCCAUACCACCUUCAGAGACAGGGUUCUCCUGGACAAAGGAUGGGUCCUACUACACGAAAGGUUGGAAAUACCCAGGUAACUCUCAGCCAUUCACUUCCAAUACCACCAAAUGGUCCAAAUAGCAUACAUAAGUAUGUGCCCUAUAAUUUGGUGGGUCCAUCUGAGAUUUCUGCAUCUCCUCUUGAUGUCAAGACUUCUGCUACAUCGUCGACUACACUUGCUUCGGCUUUGGCUUCUGCAGAUUGGAAGAAAAAGCAAUAUAGUCAGAUUGAACAAGAUGGGGGACUUCAGGAGGGGUUUAAUUAGCAAUGCCCUCGUGAUGGACUUGCAAUUGAGGAUCCAAAGUCAGGGGAAUUCAUGAGUUUGAUCCAUCCAGACCAUUGGACGUGCCUUCUGUUUUUGAUGCAAACUCCAUUAACCUG